AUGACAGCAGAGCAAGAAACAACACUUCUCAACGCCCAGAUCGCCCAACUCGAAACCAAACGAGAUGCACUCACUCAACAUGCAGCAAUGUGUCGCUCAGCACUUACUCCAAUCUGCCGUCUACCGCACGAUAUGCUCCAGGAGAUAUUUUCUUGGGCAUGCGAUCUCGGAGUGGAUCGGGAAUGGCGUGCACCAUGGUUGUUGGGCCAGGUAUGCGGUUCGUGGCGCGAUGUCAUGAUGACCUCCCCAUUCUUGUGGUCUACCAUAGCCACCCCGCUCCCCGAUGUUCAUCCAUCCCUCUUAUCCGAAGCUCUCCAGCGCUCGGGGGCCACCCACUGA